AUGUCUGAAAGAGAAAUAAUGUCAGAGACAGUUAACGAAUCUACUCCACUUUUAUCUAAUGACGAAACCUCAAAUCGUUCGAUAAUAAAAAAUCCUUGGUAUAAAACUCCUUCAUCGUAUUGGGCGUUAUUUUUAUGUACUGUGAAUGCUUUUUCAUUUGGAUUAAUACUUACAUCAAGAGUAGAAUUUUAUGUACAAGUUGUUUGUAAAUACUAUUAUAAUUCGAAGGAUUUCAAUGAUGUAAACAAUAUUGAUAAGUGUAAUAUUCCGGAAAUUCAUGCUAUUACUUCGCAAUUGAUGAUGGUACUGACUCUCUGUAUAGCGCUGCCAGGAAUCUUUGUACUAGUACCGUUUGGCGCACUCUCUGAUCGCAAAGGACGUCGUUUAGUCAUUCUUAUUGCAUUUAUAGGGAGGGUCUUGGAUUUUUCGAGCAUUAUUUUAGUUGGAAAUUAUAUAGAAUCAUUUGGAAUAGGAUUCUUGAUAGUUGGACAGCUUAUGGAUGGAUUGUUGGGCGGGUACCCUGCAAUGACGGCUGCGAUGUAUGCAUAUGCUGCUGAUUGUACAACUUCAGAACGAAGAAGAGUCAUAUUUGGAAUGAUGCAUGGCGGGUUACUCUUAGGAAUCGGUAUAGGUCCUAUUAUUGGCGGAAUGAUAACCGAAUUCACCAAUGAUCUCCUUUCUGUAUUCUACGUUUCAAUCGUUCCAGUAAUAAAUGCGGGAAAAUAUUCAUUAUUAGCAACUGCUGGCAUAAGUUUAAUGAUUGCAACCUCAUAUGCUGGUAUCCAAACUAUAAUUUUUCUUUACAUUAGAUAUAAAUUCGAAUGGUCAUUAGUCGAUCAAGGAUAUUUGUUUGGAGCAAUGUGCCUCACAAGAGUUGUUGUUUUAAUGUUCCUGUUCCCGCUCUUUGUUAAGACGUUUAAAGAGAGACAGGAAAGGAUUGAUAAUCGAAAUGUACAACCACAGAGAGAGGAUAAUGAUAACAUAGUGAUUGAGAAUAAUAAAUUAGUUCAAGAUGAAAAACGAAUGAAUAGAGAGUUAGUGUUUGAUCUUUGGGUCAUUAGAACCGGAUUGGUUAUUGAUGUUAUUGGCUAUGUUAUGUAUGGAAUGGCAACCAAUGGAACAACGUUUUUUGCAGGAGCUUGCUUUAGUUCUGCAGGCAUAAUUUCAAUACCUACCUUAAAAUCUCUUCAAACAAACUUAGUCCUUCCAUCACAAACGGGAGUGUUAUUGGGUGCACUUAGUGUGUUGGAAUCUGUUACAAAUGUAAUUGGACCGAUAGUAUAUAAUACUUUAUAUAGCAUUUUGGUUAUCGAGGAGAUGCCACAUUUGAUUUGGUACGGAAUUUCUGCAUCGUUCAUAAUUGGAUGUUUAAUUUCCUUUUCAAUUAGAGCCGUAAAAAGUAAAAAUAGGAAUGUUGAAAUGGGUGAUGUUACAUCAUCAUGA